GGGAGGGGCCGAGAGGGGCUCACACAAAAGGGCCCCGCGGGAGGCCGAGAGGCGACGCCACUUUACUUCACCGUCGCUCCGGGCCGCGCCGCUGUCCGCGUGUGGGACUCGGGGGCCCAAAGGGGUUCCGUCCAGGGGGUUCGGGUCCCCCGUGUUUAGUUGUGGGGCCUCCCCGACCCACGGAGCUCUCAGUUUCGUGGGUCGCGAGAAGGAGCUGGAGGUGGUGGUGGCUGCAGGGCCCCAGAAAUGCCAUCUAGAGCCGUGCAGCGGGAGACCGUGCACUCUGACGCGCAAUUGGAGCCAGAUUGCGGUGCGUACGCUGCUCCCAGCCACGGUCUGGGAUUUUCCCACGCUUACAGCGGCGGUACCGACUUGUCCGGGGCCGUGGACGGGAGCUCGAGUGAGGACGAGGAGCCAGUCGGGCGGUGGGACGCCAGAACUUACCGUGGCCGCUCGCGUUACGGUGACACGCGACUCCUCACCUCCGCGACUCACAGCGGCGGAGUGGCGAGUCGCAGGGAGGGAGGAUCCCGGACCACGGACCACGGUGCACAGAUAGACAUGGGCCAGGCGAGUCAUGACAAGUCAUCCAUGAGCUCGUAUCUUGGCAAAAGAAACAUUUACACAGACUCCGUGCUCAUGUCUGGGACUCUGGGCAGGAGCAGCUCCGUGCGUGAGCGUGCGCAGAAGUUCCAGGCAAACGAAUCAUUGCCCUUCCAGUUUGGUACUGACUACACUCUGGAGCACAAGGAGCGGCUGGGCCUGGCUCGAUCCCAAUCGCAGAAGAUCGCAUCGAGCGGCUCAGAGCACCGAGCAACUCCAAACUCGUUCAGAGGCAACAGGAAAUCAUCACCACCACCAUCAUCCUCAUCCAAAGACAGCCAGAAAUCAUCACCAUCGUUAUCAUCAAACAGAAAUAGCCAUAAUUCAUCACCACCACCAUCCUUAAAUAGAGACAGCCGGAAGUCAUCACCACCAUCCUCAAAUAAAGACAGAGGACCGGAAAUCAUCUCCGCCAUCAUCGUUCAGAGCGACUUGGAAGCCUUCACCACCACUCUCGAGACCGAGCCGCACAUCAUCUCCACCUCCCUCCAGAGAGACCACCAAGUCAUCGCUCCUCUCCAGUGA